GUGCUACAGAUCCUCGCUGUCUCUUCGUCUGGAGGGAGUCUGUUUGAGUAACACACAAAGUGAUUUGUAGUAAAAUAAAUUUGUCUGCAAAGAUGACUGGCAGGAAGUUUUUCGUCGGUGGAAACUGGAAAUUGAACGGCGACAAAAAGAGCAUCGAAGAGCUCGCCAAUACAUUGAAUAACGCCAAACUCAACGCAGAAACCGAGGUUGUGUGUGGUGCCCCAUCCAUCUACCUGGACUUCGCCAGAUCUAAGCUGGAUGCUAAAAUUGAUGUAGCUGCACAGAACUGCUACAAGGUUGCAAAGGGUGCCUUUACCGGAGAGAUCAGCCCUGCGAUGAUUAAGGACUGUGGAGUAAAAUGGGUGAUCCUGGGACACUCUGAGAGACGCCAUGUGUUUGGAGAGAGUGAUGAGCUGAUUGGCCAGAAGGUCGCUCAUGCUCUUGAGAGUGGUUUGGCUGUGAUCGCCUGCAUUGGUGAAAAGCUGGAUGAGAGGGAGGCCGGAAUCACUGAGAAAGUUGUUUUUGCCCAGACCAAAGUCAUCGCAGAUAAUGUAAAGGACUGGAGCAAAGUCGUCCUCGCUUAUGAGCCCGUCUGGGCUAUUGGCACUGGCAAAACUGCAUCGCCCCAACAGGCUCAGGAAGUGCAUGACAAGCUCAGGCAGUGGUUGAAGGCCAAUGUAUCAGAGGCUGUUGCCAACUCCAUCAGGAUCAUCUAUGGAGGGUCUGUCACUGGUGCAACCUGCAAGGAGCUUGCCUCUCAAAAAGAUGUGGAUGGCUUCUUGGUGGGCGGUGCUUCCCUGAAACCAGAGUUUAUCGAAAUUAUUAAUGCAAAAGCAUAAAUGGCUCAAGCCAUCUACCUAAACUCUAGGGCUUAGGUCCGGUCCCGAACCCUUUUCUUCUUUAGAAAGUGUUAUUGUGAUUUUGUUACUAUUGUUUAAUUUUGAUUUGUCCUUUUUUGUAUUGUUAUAAUAAAGGAACAGAUUGACACAUAAAAAGCACUUGAGAUCUAUUCUACAGAAGUAUGGAAAUGAGCUACUGAAUGUACUUAUCUCUUGCAUUAGUGCACUGGACUACAGAAAUGUAAAAAGAACCAACAUUGGGUGUAAGGCCCUAUGCCUUUACUUGUAAAACUUUGAUUUGUACACUGUGUCAAUCUAGUCAAUCAACCUCAGUGUCUCUUGUGGAACUGCUUUCAAUGAAUGGUUAUCCUUCUGUUUUCCUGUCCCUAAAUGGUGUUUUAUGCAUUAUCUGAGAGGCAUUUGUCCUGAAAGAGGUGCACAUUGUAUGUAAUGGCCAACAUUGUUUAAAGAAUAUAAAUAGUCUAAUAAAUGUUUCAGGAGUGUA